GAAUUCAAGUCAAAGUGUGUAUAGAAAAGAAAACAUUUCUAAUUAAACAGACCAAAGAAUUAAUAGAAUGGAUGCUGUCAUUUGUUAAAAUCGGAUUCAAAAUCUGAAAAGUUUCCAUUCACCUGACGUAAAUUGGUAAAGUGGAGCAGAGCUAUAAAUGCGGCUUAACAUAUUCGAUACCCGCACAUUACCUCAAAGUCUCCCAAGGAAUCAACCACAGACAAAAUGAAGCUCGUCGCAAUCACAUUGGUCGCAUUUGUGGCCAUUUGCCUGUAUUCCGUUGAUUGCACCACAUCCGGUACAGGAUCAGCUGCUACCAGCGGAUCCGGCUCUAGUUCCGCCAGUGGAAGUGGAAGUAGCAGUGGAUCUGGAACAGGAACUGGCACGGGAACUGGCACGGGAACUGGCACUGGCACCUCGACUACGUUGGCUCCCACGACCACCACUACCACAACCACCACCGUUGCUCCAGUGAAGAAAGUCCAUCGGAAAAGGCGCCACGUCAUCCGGAAAAUCGUACGGAGGCGCGCCGGCGAACGAAGGCGUCGUGGAUAAAUAGAACGCAAAGUUUUUCG